GUCUCACCGGCGCAGAGCCGCCAUUGGUCCGGGUCGGUGCAUCGCCGGUCUCCGGGAGCCGCGCUGGAGAUGGAGGGAGCGCUGCUGAAAUGGACAAACUAUCUGUCGGGUUGGCAGCCCCGGUACUUUGUGCUGGAGAAUGGUAUCCUCUCCUAUUACGACUCUCAGGAUGAUGUGGGUAAAGGCAGCAAAGGAAGCAUCAAGAUGGCUGUGUGCGAGAUCAAAGUGCACACCACUGACCCCACCCGUAUGGAGCUGGUCAUCCCAGGUGAGCAGUACUUCUACCUGAAGGCAGGAGGUGCUGCUGAAAGACAGAAAUGGCUGGUGGCUUUGGGCAGCUCCAAGGCUUGUCUUGGGGACAGCAGGAGCCAGAAGGAGAAAGAUCUAGACCUAAGCAACGAGUCCCUUGGCAGAAAGUUGUCUGAACUGCGGCUGUAUUGUGAUGUACUCACACAGCAGGUCCUGGCUGUGCAAGACGCAACACACCCUCAAGAUAAUGGCUCCCCACUUGACAUUCAGAAAAUGAAUGAAGCAUCAUCCUUGUUACAAGCAACCUGCAGCCAGUUCAUCUCAACGCUAGAGGACUGCAUGAAAUUCGCAAACACGCGAUUGGCUCCUGAGCUCUACCACCCUUCAACGGUCUCUCAGCUUUCUGAUUUUGUGGGCACUAAACUCCCACAUUCCCACCGGGUGAGACGUUCUAUGAGCCACACAGGCAUAGUCUCCUCAGACAGGUCUCUGGAGCCAACUCGUGUCCCACCUGUCCCUCCCAGGGGCACCGUUACUGUGCUACGCAAUUUGGAGGAAAUGGUGAUGUUACGAUCGCAGCACUGGGGGCAACAGGGUGCCCAUCCCGAGAGCCCCACUGGCACCAUCAUUGAAGAAGCAGUUGAUACACCGCUGCCACUGCAGGACUCUCCAGAGAAUUCAGCCGGAAGUGGCCAAUUACUCUAAUCUGGAUUCUACAGCUGCUUCAACUCGUGGACAGUUUGGAGCUGCUUGCUUUGGAGCAGUCUUCACUGCUUGUGUGCUGGCUAGGUAGCUAGAACCAUUGGCCUGAGGUUCCCUCCUCUAGCAUAGGAAUAGCCCAAGGCCUGUAGGAUGUGUGGCCAGAUGCACUCUGUGUUCCUGUGGCAUUGGCAAGCAUCAAGAGCGAGGAGUAGGUUCCAGGCUCAGCUUUGUAUUUUGGUCUUGUGGUUGCCACUUGUUAGGAAGUUAUGCCAGGUCUGCUGGGCAUGCCUUGGUAAGAAGGAGAUGGGGUGACAGGAGAGGGAUCAGUUCUUCAUGCUGGACUAAGCAGGCAUGGGGACUUGGCCCUGAAAAGAGCAUGGGAUGCUUGGGAGGCAUCUUUUUACUGGAGAGAUUCUGCAGACAUCUCCUGGUGCCCAUGCUCUUAUUAAAUUAACUCCAGGCAUCGAAGCCUAGAAAAUCAUGGUGUCUGGUGUGGAACAUGUUCCUCAACCUUUUGAGCCUAAGAUCUGUACAGUUUUCCAGCUUCAGAGGUCAUCUUGGCAAGCGCUCUCCUCCUUAGUGACUUUAUAGGACACCACUGAUCCAGGAAUGUACAAUAUUUUCCCAUGGAGGAUUUGGCAUCCCUUUCUUCCUUGACAGAGAGCAGUUCCUUUAAGCCCCCAAUUUUCUCCAACUCCAAUUCAUGGAGUUGGCCCUAUGGGAUGUAAAAUUCCUCCUAUGUUCUCCUUGCUUCUCUUUAGCUCUUUGUCGAGAGAGUAUGUAGGCAAGACCCAUGGUAGGAAAAAUAGCUUCUGUGGACAUCUAACAUGAAUGCAACAUUCAACCCCUCCCCUCGUAGGGUGCGGAGUCAGGUGACUACAGCCAUUUGCUUACCAAACGUCAGCUCACUCUCUCAACUUUUGUGUACAGGAGCAAAGUCUUUGUUUUGUGGAAUUGUUUGUAUUUGACAUUUUUGUACAGAAACAUGGCAAGAUCUUGGGAGGCUCUGUGUGUGUGUGUGAGUGCAAACACGUGAAGCGGUGUGUCUGCGUGUGUAUCACUUUCUUUGUCUCUCACUGGAACCUGUUUUAAGUGGAGAGCCCUGCCAAAGAUCAAACUCUAAUUUUGAAUGAAGACUCUAAUUUUUGAAACAAAA